AUGUUGCAAGCCUUCGAAUCAUCAAUUCAAACAUUGAAUAAAGCUCGUCGUUUAAAUUUGAGUAUAAAAAAACGUGCAAAGAAUGCUACAACAGUACAACCAGUAAGAAGACCAACUUGUUCAAUAGCAGAACUUAUGCGAAAAACCAACUUCUCCAAAGACGAAAUUCGACAUCUUUAUCGAAGAUUUAAACAAGACUGUCCAUCGGGUGAAGUAAGCAAAGCUCAUUUUUCAUCAGUCUUUUCUACAUUAUUUCCCGGUGGCGAAUGUUUUCGCUAUGCAGCAUUUGUUUUUCGAAAUAUUGAUCGAUCAAAUUUCGGUUAUAUUCGAUUUGAAGAUCUUAUUGUAACAUUAUCAACACUUAUUCAUGGUUCAGUCGAAGAUCGUCUAGGUUGGAUAUUUGAUUUAUAUGAUAUAAAUAAAGAUGGAAUGUUGACAAAAAUGGAAUUAAGUCAAAUAGUGGCAUCAAUUUUUCAAUUAAUUAUUCCUGUUUGUAAACUUAAUUUUACAGCAGUUUCUAAUGCUAUUGAAGAACGAACAGAUCAAUUAUUUCAAAAUUGGGAUACACAUAGAAAUGGUUUUGUUAAUAAAGAAGAUUUUCUUCGAUAUUGUUUACAGGUUUGUUCUUACUUAUUUAUUAUAACAAAUAAAUAA